GAAGCCCUGAGAAACAAAUUUAUAAGAAACUUUGUAGAAAGCCAGCUGCAUGUGGAUGUGGACAGGCUCAUGGGAGAUCUCCAGAGCUACGGACGGGUGCUGGACGGUGUCUUUAACCAUGCAGGGGCUGGACACUUCCACUUGCUGGGCAGUGCCCUGGUCAACCUCUCUUCUUGCGUGCUGCUGGACCGCUUCCGGGCCAUGGAGUCAGAGGACACCCUGGAAUCAGAAGCACACAAACUUAUGCAGCAGAACAAGUUCUUAGCCAGUAUCAUAUUCAACAGUUCCUCCAUUGGCAAGAGCUUCAGAUCAGCGUCUCUCAAAUUGCUACCCCACGUCACAUACACAAUACGCACCAGCAUCUUAUACAGCAUGAGGACAGAUCUGAUAAAAAACCCUUCUUGGAAGUUCCAUCCUCAGAGCCUGCCGGCCGACGGGUUCAAAUAUAACUACAUCUUUGUCCCGCUGCAAGACAUGAUUGAAAGAGCCAUUGUUGCGGUCCAGACUGGGCAGGAAGUCUUGGAGCCCACUACGCAGGCGCAGGCAGCCCCCUACCCGUGCCACACCAGCGACCUCAUCCUGCUACUGCCCCUGGACAGCUGCAACACAGGCUGCAGGUCCCGGGCUGUCCCCACCUGCUGGCUCUGAUGCUGCCACCUUCUGGAGCUCUCUUGAAAAGCAGAGUGGGAGUCAUGGGUUGAGCCGCUUUGCUCCAACGCACCUUUCCGCCAUGAUAUUUCUGCCUCAGAGCCAACUGACCAUGGACUGAAGCCCGGAACUGUGAGCCAAGUUAAACCUUUCCUUCUUCACAGUGUGGGUGUUGGGGCAUGUGUCCCAGGCAUGAGCAGGCUGACCCAUGUGGGUGGCUGGAAGGUGUACCCUCCUUCCUGUCUAGCAAUACGCUUUGUGCACAAUGGCUCACCCACAUCUUUCUGAGGGUGGGAUACUAGUCUGAAGACCACGUGAUGGAGCUCGUCUUGGGAAAUCCCAGUGGUGGGGGAGAGCUGAGGGUCAGGAAGAAAGGGACCGAGGUGUGCCUCUCCCCCAGGGCUUCCUCAGUGGGUGAAGCACUGGCAAAAGCCCCUUCGCUUCUUUCCUUGUAGGCGAGAGCUUUUCUUUCUUUUCAGAGCUACAAUACUUGUGGCUUUGAACAUAUUCACCCUUGCAAAAAAUGCUCCAAAGGAGGUGACUGUCGAAAAGGUGACUGCUUUUGGUGAGCUCCAUGGGGGACGCUUCCCACCCAACCCAGAACCUCGAGAGGCCUCGAGUGCCAGGUGCCUGGAGAAGUUAGCAUUUCAGGGUGCUGCUUGUUUGAAGGGGAAUCUCAGAAAGUUUCCCUCUGACAGUCUCCCGCCGGCUGCUGAAUUCACUGAUCACCGGCACCCUUGGGAGAGGGCGGUGCUUGUGUGGUAGGCAGAGAGGGAGCCUGGUGCUCACAUCCUGUUUCCCCUACCCCCCACCCCUGGCCAGCCUGAGAGGCUCGGAGUGACACACAGGCCAGCAGAGGAGUUGGUGGACCCUGUGCAGGCCUGGAUGCUGGGGUCGCCAUUCCUUCCACCAUGGUGCUUUGUUGUGAGGCAUUUCCUGAAGGCAGCGAGGAGGCUUUGGGGAAGCAGACGAAAGCGCGCCCCAUCGCCUCUUGAAGAUCAAUUCUGAUGUCUGAGACGCAGCCGCGCAGGCGAGCAGGGGGUGGGGCAGUGCCCAGGUGCGGCUCUGCUGCCGUGAAAUCAAUUCUCUUCGCCUUCUCCCUGGGAUUCUGCAGCACAGCUUCUCAGAAACAUUUGUUUCAUUUGCCUGACAAGGGCGAAGACGUGUUUUAAUUCUGAGGGAGUCUGAAGUCCUCGAGUCCUCUCUUUGGGCUAUACCCCUCCUGUGUGUGUGCUUUAAAACACCUGUGCUACCGGAGACCCAGUGCGCCUGCUGUGAUUGAGACACAGCUGGGGUCUGUCACAAUCUCGG